AUGUCGCGAUCCAGAGUACCCGUCAUCCUCGGCGCCACCGCCGUCACCGGUAUUGGCUACUACCUCUACAGCGCCGGAGGCAACACCAAGGUCGCCCAGAAGCAGGCCGAGGCCGACGCACACAAGCUCUCCGCCAAGUUCAAGGGCGAGAUCCCGGGACGCAGCAAGGAGUAUGAGAAGGACGCCGAGAAAUACGCCGCACAGGCAGGUGCCAAGGUGGACAGCGCUGUCGGCAAGACGCAGGCUGAGCUGCAAAAGGCCAAGAUCGAAGCCGAGGCGUACGCAAAGGACGCCAAGGCCUCUACGUUGAAGAAGAUCGACCAAUUCGACAACAAGGUCGAGGCUGAGGCGGCCAAGGCGAAGAGCGGUGUCUCGAGCUGGUUUGGCGGGAAGUAA